GCCAAAGAAUCCUUAAAUGCCAGCGCAGUCUACCCUUUUGCGCCCUUUCUCACACCCGAAGAUCUUUUUUCUUCCAUAGCUUGGAGCCCGCAACUCUCUCCUUCUCUCUCUCCCUGCGGCCUCUUUCUCGUCACCAUCCUUGAUCUCUCUAUCUUUCUGCGUUCGUAGCACCACAAACAAACCCUAAUUUUUACCCCAAGGAAGCAAGCAGCGUCCCUUCCUCGUCAGCACACUUCCAUAAACCCUAACUGAAUACACCGUCCCGGUUUUCAUCCGCGGCUCCCUUUUUUUUGCAGCUAAUUUAAUUGUUUCCUCGCGUCUAUUCAGUAGUACUAUUUUUCACGAUCCUGCUGCUAGACGUCGUUUAUUUUGCUCUGUCUUCGAAAUUGGUGUUUCGAAGUCGGAGAGAUAUUGCAUGCGUGGACAGUAUACCGUAAGUUCGGUUCUGGAUUGCUACUGAUAUGAAUCUACAACAAUCCAUACAUUCCAAGCUUUCUGCUAAUGGUUUUGGACGUCGUAGAGGUGAUAGGGAUGUAGCAGCUAAGUUUGUGAAUAAAUUUCAGCCAGGAAAGUCGAAUCCCAGCCGAUUAACUAAUGCAAGAGCACUGGCUGGCAGCAAAGACGAAAGUUUUGGGACUUCCUCUGGUGAUAGAUUAGUGUAUUUAACAACAUGUUUUGUUGGGCAACAUGUAGACGUUCAGGUUAAAAAUGGAUCUAUGUACAGUGGAAUAUUCCAUUCAACCAAUGCUGAAAAAGAUUUUGGAAUUAUAUUAAAAAUGGCACACUUGACAAAGGAUACUUCUUCUCGGGGGCAGAAACCCAUUGGAGACUCUUUGAUUCAGGCACCUUCCAGGACUUUGGUAAUACCAGCUAAAGAACUGGUGCAAGUUAUAGCCAAGGACGUGACUGUUACAAAGGAUGGACUGUCAAAUGAAGUUCAUAAUGAAAAUCAGGAACUUUUGAUAGACUCUUUUAUUUCACAUUCUUGUCACGUUGAAGCAGAAAGAGAAUUGAAACCAUGGAUACCUGAUGAUGACAGUCCUCAAUUUCCUGAACUGGAUAGCAUCUUUGAUUGUCCAUGGAAUAGAAGUUGGGAUCAGUUUGAAGCUAAUGAAAAACUUUUUGGAGUCAAAAGCACUUUUGAUGAAGAACUUUAUACCACAAGGCUUGAGAGGGGCCCUCAAACAAGAGAGUUGGAAAAGGAAGCUUCAAGGAUAGCUAGAGAAAUAGAGGGUGAGGACACUGAAGAUCUUCAUUUAGCAGAGGAAAGAGGCAUUGACCUCCACGAUAAGUUUGAUAUUGAUGAGGAAACUAGAUUCUCUUCUGUUGUUCGUGGGAAGGUGGCUGAUGAUAGUGGAUAUGAUGAAAAUGAAGAAAUAUCAUUCAAUUCACGUAAUAUGGAAACCUUUGGGGGGUCUUCUGGCUCUGACAUUAUGUUUGCAGGCACAUUCUCUGGAAAAUGCAGUGAUGUAGCUUCUGUCUCAAGCUCUUCAUCAUUGAAUCAAGCACAACCCUUUCAGACAAAUAUUGGUGUAGAUCUAUCCAGAUCUACUCCCAUUAAUCAUGCCAGACAGCUGGCAUCUGAAACAUCGUGCAAAAGUUGGCCUACUUUGGAAAUUGAAAGCAGGAUCCAAGACAAACAGCAUGGGGAGAAUGAUGCAGAGGAGUCUGUGGAAAAGGACAGGCAGGCAGCUAAUGACUCUCAAUUUGCAAAAUGUGACGAUUUGCAGCCAUUAAAGAAAGAUGGACCUGAUGAAGGGACAUUGUCUGAUGUUGCCUUGCGUGCUCCAUCUUGUGCUUCAUCAAAGCAUAAUGAGAAGCUAAAUCCUCCUGCACUAUCUGAUGAUCCAGAAUCUGGAAAAUCUCGUGGAGAAGUUCAAGUGUUGAACCCUACUGGACGACCUGGUAGUUCCAGAUCACUGAAUUCUGAUGGUGCUGCUGGUACUUCCAGUGGUCCUGUGUUAUCUCCUAGCUCAUCAAUAGGAUCACUAUCCUCUGAAAAGUCAACCCUUAAUCCUCAUGCUAAGGAAUUCAAAUUCAAUCCUAAUGCAAAGAGUUUCACCCCAUCUCAAGCACCUGUUAGGCCACCUUCACCAGCACCUGAUGGUUCCUUCUACUACCAGAGCAACAUGCCUGCAGUACCCCAUAUGCAUGGGAUGCCUUAUGGUGUUGGUAUUGGACCUUCAUUUGCAGGUCAUCAGCCUGUUGUACUUAACCCAAUGGUUGCGCCAAUGCAGUCACCACAUGCAUAUGUACAGCCAAAUGGACCUCAAUAUGCACAACCCAUGCUUCUUGGUCACCCCAGGCCUGCCAUGUACAUGCUGGGCUACCAACCUGAAAUGCCAUACAAGGGGCGCGAGUAUUAAACAGUCCCUCGGAUGCUGCUAUGCAGUUUUACUGCUUUGUAUUGGAUUCUUCUAAGCUCUUCGGACGCAUUGCUUUGAACUGAACUGACAAGGAAAAUGAUUGGAAAUAUAGACACAAUGUUGGGAGGGGAGGGGAGGGGAAGGGGGUGUCGCUCGCCUGGUAUGGGGAGGAGUUAAUUUCUUUUAGUUGAAUGACUUUUUUCCUCAUCCCAUGAAUUUGAUUUAGUAGAUUUAAAAAAAAAUUAAAAAAAUUAAAAUAGCCACCAAUCACAUCACAUUGUUUCUGUUCUUUUAUUUAUCAAUCAACAGUUAGAUGUUUGGGGGGUUUUGUUUGUUUAUCUAUCUUCCGAGUCUACAACAUUUUGCAUUAUAUCUUCUUUGUGUUCAGCAUACAACUGAUAAUAGUUGAAAUAUCUUGAUCCUAA